AUGGACUCUCCUCCUCCUCCUUCUCCUCAGGCUCGCCAAUACUGGCACCAAGCUCUGAAACUUAAGAAGCAUUUGACGAAGCAGCUGGAGAGACUCAAAGCUGAAAGUGCCUCUGGAGUGGACGUUGCGUAUUUCGAGGCUAUUGAAGGCACUCUGGAGAGGUUUCGCCUUGCAUUCGUCCACACCAUCUUUUUAGACUUCGCAUUUGCCGUCAAGGAGAAUGCAGAGGAUGCUCUGUGGACUUUGCACACCAUGAUCAACUCCGAAUACCGACGCAUCCAGGGCCGACUCAAGCACUCUUCCCAUGCCGUUGAGAGACGCAAGGUGGAAAAGUCAUAUAAUAACUUUCUCCGUGUGGCACAGAAAUUCUACAAGGGGUACAUCCAACGUCUGUCGGCCCGGUACGAUGUCCCGGAACUCAGGAGAGUUGCCCGAGGCAUUGAUGUUGAGCCGAUGGGUAGCGGAGAUGAAAUCAGCCCUGUGCCAUCAAGGUUGAGUGCCAUGGUUUUGACAUCGUGCCACUCAACUCUUUUGCGACUAGGUGACCUAUCUCGGUAUAGGACUCAAGCCAGACAUAAGAAUUCGGGCUAUGAGACUGCUUUGACCUUCUACAGCCUUGCGCAUCAUUUAAGACCACAGUCCGGAUAUGCCCAGCACCAAAUGGGCAUUGUUCAUUUGGACCAGGGCAAUCACCUGGACAUUGUCUAUAGUUUUUACCGCUCCUGGGCAGUCGACGCACCUCACCCGAACGCAAAGGCCAAUCUUGAAGCCGAGUUCAAGUCUCUUCAACUGCCAAAUUCAUCGAGAUCCCGACAGAACGCCUCACCAACAGCGCAGGAUCCGUUUCCCAUGUGGUUCGUUAGGCUCCACGCCCUCUUUUACAAGGGUGAGACCUUCCCGCAACAAGCAGAGCUUGAAGGCGAGGUUCUACACAAAUUAGAGAUAGCGUGCCAUGGUGAGAAAUCUACGGCUACGCUCCUCAAGAUGACAUUGGUCAAUCUUUCUGCCCAUCACGUCGCGUCGACUAUCUACAGAGGUUCGUCUGAUAUCACUUUGGGUUCCUGCUCCUUAUUCAUUGCUAAGUCCACGCCAGAAUCAAUGUCUCUAGCUGCUUUCUACCAGUUUACUUUACGAUUUAAUGCUUUGUUUAUUUCACACUUUUGUGCAGCCUUCGAGUCAGAACUGAAAGAAGCUGCAUCCGAAGAUAUCGGGAGUGAUGGGUCCAAUAAUUUGCCUACCAAGAUUACGCCCAUGGUGGAAGCGCUUCUUCCUGUCCUGCGCUUGUAUAGUAUGUGGCUUACUGCCUGUCGGGGCGAAGUCAGCGCUGCUGCUCAAGCAUUUGGCGGAGUCAUACCCCGGCUGGUUCAGAAUCUUGCCAAGGUGUUAACUUUGCUCUGCAUUUUCACGUACAGCCAGGCCUUGAGCAACUGCCCAUAUCUCCUCGCGGAGGAUCUGGAAAUCCGCGGUUUUCGCCCUCUAUCAGAGGAGACCAUCCCCCAGCAAUGCCGUUGCUUUUGCACCGAAGAUGGCUCUCCAAAGACCUACCUGCAAGACCCCAGCUCUCGCUUGGAGCCGUCCCAAGAAAACUUGGCCAGAAUUUUGGACAUUCUUCGCUGUGCAUACUUCCUCGCCGAGGACUCGAACUUCCCAUUGUCUUACAAGGUUGUCGACAACUCCCUCGUUUUUGAAUACUGCCUCAAACCUACGUCUGAUACGCCUGUGGCUGCAGCCAAGACUUCGACCUCGUCACCAAACACGGCAUCCAAGAACCCUCUCGGCAACGAAGAUGCGGGUGCUGGGAGCCUGCCAAGCCGUGUUUUGUUGGCCGAAGAGCCUCGACAAUUGCGCAAGAACUUGGAUUCUGACGCGAAUACCCAGCAGCCACAGUCGACCCAGCAGGAAGGGGCUCGAGACGAAGCAAAUUUAGAUGACCCAGACGAUGCAUUGUUCGAAAUGUUGUCUCCCUUCUUGAAGCCGCCCACGCCACAGCCUCAACAACGGCAGCGUCAUUCAACGGAUGAAUCUUCUUAUGGAAUGCAUACGAUGACAGCAAACAGUGUCCUUGGCUGCUUUCAAACAGAGCGCAGUCCGCCUGGCUCCGUCCUUUCAGGAAAGUUUGCUCCGUUGCCAUGGGCUUGGUUCAAUACCCCUGAGCCUGAAAAGCCUGCUGACAGUAUGACGCCAAAUGGAUCAACUGGUUUUGGCGAGAGCGCCAGCCCUUACAAUUCUCCAAGACGCCCUGCAAGCAGUGGAAAUCAUUUAGACGACCCCUUUGCGACUCCCGGACGAAAUCUCCAUGGCGUCCUUGUCAAUAGUCAUACUGCCCAGCAACAGAACGGACGGAGCUUUACUGGGCCUGUCGUUUCGGGCCCGGAAACUGCCCAUAGGAACAACUUGCUCCAGGCGUUCUCUGGGACUGGUGUGCCGCGAAGCUCGCCUUUUACCCAAUGGGGUGGCAAUCAGCAGCUUACGUUGCAGAACAGCGGUCCUGCCGUGUCACCUUGGGGGCCUCGAGCCUUGGACAGCCUUCCCCAAUCGACGGGGCUUUCUACUUUCUCUCAUCCAAGCAGCCUGUAUCAGGGCACACCGGCAAACGUAGUUGGUCUUGGGAUGGGUCCUGUUUCUGGGGGAUCAGAGCCUCAGUUCUCGAGUCCUGCUCACGCCGAUACCGCAGCGAGAUACUUGCAAAUGGACCAGACUACGUUGAACUACAACGAGGCUAUUAUGCAGACGGCCUAUCACGGUAACAAGUGA